CACGGUUUAAUGCACUUAUUGUAAGUUGCUUUGGAUAAAAGAGUCAGCUAAAUGAUAUGUAAUGUAAUAAUGUAAAAAAAAAUGUAAUUGCCUUGUCAUUAUUUCACCUUUACCUCACCAUUACCUCGUCAUUAUUUCACCAUUACCACUUACCUCAUCAUUACCUCACCAUUGCAUCAUUAUUUCACCUAUACCUUGGCAUUAUUUCACCAUUACCUCUUACCUCACCAUUACCUCGUCAUUAUUUCACCAUUACCUCUUACCUCAUCAUUACCUCGUCAUUAUUUCACCAUUACCUCUUACCUCAUCAUUACCUCGUCAUUAUUUCACCAUUACCUCUUACCUCACCAUUACCUCAUCAUUACCUCAUCAUUAUUUCACCAUUACCUCUUACCUCAUUAUUACCUCGUCAUUACCUCACCAUUACCUCAUCAUUACCUCGUCAUUAUUUCACCAUUACCUCUUACCUGGUCAUUACCUCAUCAUUACCUCACCAUUACCUCGUCAUUAUUUCACCAUUACCUCUUACCUCGUCAUUAUUUCACCAUUACCUCUUACCUCACCAUUACCUCAUCAUUAUUUCACCAUUACCUCUUACCUCAACAUUACCUCGUCAUUAUUUCACCAUUACCUCUUACCUCAUUAUUACCUCGUCAUUACCUCAUCAUUACCUCACCAUUACCUCGUCAUUAUUUCACCAUUACCUCUUACCUCAUCAUUACCUCGUCAUUAUUUCACCAUUACCUCUUACCUCAUUAUUACCUCGUCAUUACCUCAUCAUUACCUCACCAUUACCUCGUCAUUAUUUCACCAUUACCUCUUACCUCAUCAUUACCUCGUCAUUAUUUCACCAUUACCUCUUACCUCAUUAUUACCUCGUCAUUACCUCAUCAUUACCUCACCAUUACCUCGUCAUUAUUUCACCAUUACCUCUUACCUCGUCAUUACCUCAUCAUUACCUCACCAUUACCUCGUCAUUAUUUCACCAUUACCUCUUACCUCGUCAUUAUUUCACCAUUACCUCUUACCUCACCAUUACCUCAUCAUUAUUUCACCAUUACCUCUUACCUCAUCAUUACCUCGUCAUUAUUUCACCAUUACCUCUUACCUCAUCAUUACCUCACCAUUACCUCGUCAUUAUUUCACCAUUACCUCUUACCUCAUCUUGUCAUUACCUCGUCAUUACCUCACCAUUACUUUCUCAUACACAAAAUUAAUAAUAAUUAAUAUAAAUAUCUAAUAAAUGUGUUUCAGAUUUCCAGUCAGGAUGUCAGAUGAUGAAGGUGACCAGAGGAAGGUGGAGUCCACCAGCAGGAUGUGGGCGGAGUCUCAGCCAGGUCCAUCCAGGUGUCAGCCCAGCAGACAGGGUUACUGUGGAUACUGCAGAGUCCUCUACAGCAACCUGGACCAGCACCUGUCCAGUCUCAGACACCUGGAUUCUGUCCGGGUGUCCUCCCUAGGCUCCAGCACUGUCUCCUCCUCCAGCAGCAAAACCAAACUAACUCUGCUAGAGCGCUUCCUGCAGGAUGUCCUGCAGCACCACCCGCACCACUACUACGACCCCAGGCCGUCUCAUGCUGACCUCCCAUCAGUUUCCACCCCUCUGUUGCCAAGGGCGGUGCUUGACGAACUCCGUUUCUCUGACGACGACAGGCGAUCGCUGGGCACCCGUGAACACCUGUCCAGCUCUGACGACGCCUCCUGCCAGCCAGCCAAUCAGCAAGAAGAUAACCGCACACACAUCCAAUCAGGAGAGGGAAGUCAGGAAAGGCUGUCUAAGCCAAUCAGAGAGCAGGAAGAAGGAGAGAUCAUCACCGCAGGGAACACGCUGUCAUCACAUGUACAGGCCCCGCCUCCAUACCACCAGGCCCCGCCCUCUGUCCACAGGAAGGCCCACAGGAAGACUAACAGGAGGAAAACCAGCACCUCCUCAACCUCAGCACCAGGUCCAGACCCUGGUCCCCGGCCCCGCACCCAGCCAAGGCCCUGUCUGGACCCUAGUCCCCAGACCCGCACCCAGCCAAGGCCCUGUCUGGACUUGGGUACCUGUCCAGACCCUAGUCCCCAGACCCGCACACAGCCAAGGCCCUGUCCAGACCCGGGUACCUGGUCUACCGGGGACCACAGCGACUCUCUGGACCGGACCAUCGAGGAGGUGAUCCAGGUGUGUCGUCAUGGCGGUUCCUCUCCAGAGAGCCUUCACUUCAGCCUUCCCGUCUCCACGGAAACACAGAGUGACGACUGGGACUCUCCUGUACAGAGAGGACACACACUCGGGGACACACCUGUCCAGGUGAGCCCAGCGGGGAGGCAGGACUUGAGUUGUCUGAUGGAGGUUCAAGUGGACCUGCAGGACCAGGUGUACUCUUACCAGCUAGACUCCGCCCUCCACGGCGAGCAUCGGACAGGGGGCGGGGCCAGGCAAGACGAGGGCUUCUGGAGUUUGCCGAUCGAGGAGGUCUUGCCGGCUCCGGAACACAUCCCGGAAUCCUUCAAGAGGAAGACCUGGACCCAGAUAGAACAGGAGGACCAGAGGAAGGUGGAAAAACUGGUCCGACAGUUCAGAAGGGGGAGAUUCAUCUGCUACUUCGACACAGAGUCUCUGGCCAGGUACGGUAGGAGGAGCCAAAACAAAGGGCGUGGUGAGAACAAGGAGGCGGAGCCAGCAGGUUUCUUGCCACUAUUGGACCGUGAUGAUGAUGACUCAGCGUACGUUAGGAGGAGGAGGACGGGGGCCUUCAGAGUGGCGUCCAGGUGUCAGGUGGUCAAAGUCAGUCACAGCACGCAGACGAUCCGAUUGGUCAUCCCAGCCGUCUGCGAACCAGCUUCGGAGACUCUGCUCACUAGUGUCCCUCCAGCCAAUCAGGAGGCAGCAGAGAGGACUCCUGAGGUGCAGAUAUGGCGCUGCCUCCCUCCGUCGUACUCAAACAUUGUCACACCUCUGCAGCCUCGUACCUCUCUGGUCUACCUGCUCUGCUCCCCCUCAGGCUCCACCCCCACCUACACACCUGCACCAGGCUCCGUCCUCAAACGCUGCAGGAAAAAGAGGCGCCCGUUGGACACGCAGGUUUUAAAGGUCAAAUACAAACAACUUCCUGUCAAGUUCUACGACCCCAGCAGUAACCGCAUCCUGAAGAACCCCCCUAAAGGCUUCACCCCCUCCAGCCCGCCCCCACCCUGCGUCCGUCAGCUGUUCAGAAGUCUGAGUCUGGACCUGAAUGCUGACAGGCCGCCGGGGGCUGCAGGGUCCUCCAGAGUCAAAGGUCAGAGGUCAUCAGACACGCCCUUCAGCCAUGCCAACGGUUUCCUUUUGACCACGCUCAGUAGGGACUCAGAAAAGACCGUCAGGAGGCGGGGCACGACAGCUCAGGCCCUUCCCUCUCACAGCAGGUCAGAGUGGGGGAGGAGAGGGAGGAGGGACAGGACACGCCCCCCACCCUCCAAGAGAAGAACCAGGGCUCAAGCCACCCUCCCACUGCCCAGGAGAGAAGGUCUACGUCGGGCAGCACCCUGCAGUCGAGUCCCUGGCUCUACAGGCCGGGGAAGGGCCCGCAAAGGGCGGGGCUAGGACAGGGGGCAGAGGUAGCCGGACACCUAUGCAGGUAGCAGCCUCAUUUAUUUACUUACUCACAGUAGAAGGAGCUGCUGUGAGUUUAUUGAUAUCAAUAUUAGAAUGAAAUCAUCAAUAUAAACAUUUUAUUUUAUGUUUAAUUAUGAUUUUUAAAGCAUAUAUUGUACAUUUUAAAUUGUAAUAAAUCAUGAUAAUUUAAAUAUGCACACAAAUGAAAGUGAAAUUUGAUGAAAUUAUUUUAUUAUAAUGUUGGCAGCUGUAUAUUUCUGUAACCCUAAACACACCUGGUCAGGUAAGACAUGCCUUUUCUUCAGGUAUUGGUUUUUGAUUGUUUUAUACUUUUACAUCUGGUGUUUAUUUCAAUGAAUUCAUGUUGAAUAAACAACUUUUAGAACCUGA